AGGACAUACAAAUGUAAUAAAGGCAACGUAAAUACAUGUAUAUUAUUUAACUAUAUUCCCUUCCUCUCUCUACUAAACAACUCAGCAUAGAUCAUAUAAUCGAGUAACUAGAUAGCUGUUCUUAAAACCCGGAUCGUAUCUGAGGGACACAAGUGAGUUGUGAAAAUGCCGUUACUAACAGGCGAGCUCACGGUUGAGCUGCGGGAGGCUGUAGAUGUACCGAUCAGCAGCGCGUCGGACAGCAUGCUGGUUUGCUGCGGUAGUAUCGACAGUGUGCCGCGGUUCUUUCGCACUCUGGCAGUGAACAAGAUCAAGCCUACCUGGACGGAGAAGUUUGUGCUCAAUGUGCGCAAUGCGGAACGUCUGAUCCUACACUGUGGGUCGCCAACUGAAAGCUUAGCACAGGAAAGAAGACACCCCAUCAUCAUUCUCCUCCACAAAUACCUGCAAGACGGGCAUACCACGGUAAUGGUUG